AUGUCGAAGGACGAAAAAUUUCCAGUUUUACAAGGAUUAACUCAAAAAAUAACAAUAGUUUUAUUCAUAUUUUUUUUAUUUUGGAAUUUAUUAACUUUUCUCGUAUAUGAUGGGGAAAUAACCAAUUCUUCAAAGUUAGAAGAUAGUAUACAAAUUAUUACAUCAAUUGAAAUUAUCACCUCAACAAAUGUCAUAACGUCAACUCAAGUCAUCCAACCAGAUGAUGAUAAUGAUGAAUCACCAUCUACCACCACCACCUUCGAAUCCGUUGUUACAUCAACUAAUUUCGUCACCAAAACCAAAACCAAGUUUGCCACAAAAACAUUGGAAAUUUCAAAAAGUUCAACUAAAGUGAAUCCCCAAGAAAUCGAAAAGAUGGAAGAAACUUUAAUCGAAGAUCCGGAUCAUUAUGAAAAACAGGAUGAAUUAAUUAAUCAAAAAUAUUGUUACUCGACUGAAUGUAAAUUCUUAUUUCCUUUUCAUCCACCUGAACAAGAAACUCAAUGUAAUAAACAUUUUCUUUCGUUCAUUCAAUUGGCUGAAAAAUUAAAUCGUACGUUGGUAUUGACCAAUGUUGGAGAUUCAAGAAUUUGGCAAAUCAGAUAUUUUCCAUUUAAUUUUUAUUAUGAUGUGGAUGAAUUACGAAAUCGAUUCCCGAAUGUAAAUUUCAUUACUCAAAAAGAUUUUCAAGAUUGGUGUAGGGAGAAAUAUAAUAAACCUAAAGCGUAUUAUGCUAAUAUCCUUAAUCUUGAACCAAAAUUUACCGUAAAACAUUUAUCACCAUUUAAAAGAACUCGUAGAGUAUAUGGAAAAACUCGAGAAAAAGAUUUGAUGAUAAAAUUUUUUCAAAAAGAAUUAAAUAUAGAAGAAGAAGUAAUAUUAAUAACUCAUAAUAUUCGAUCCCCAUUAUUUAAAAAUUUAAUUCCUAUUUCAUAUGCGAAACAUUUGGUUAAUUCAGCUAAUAAAGUAAUUAAGAAUCAAUUAAAUGAUAGAUUUAUAGGAAUUCAUUGGAGAAUGGAACAAGGUAAAAUUAAUUUAAUGUCAGAUUGUGCUCAUAGAUUAGUAAAUUAUAUAAAUAAUUUAACGGAAUCAACGGGAAUAAAUAAGAUUUAUUUUGCAACGGAUUAUCCAAUAUCUGGAAAUUCUAGUCAAGCUCAAUCAGAUACAUUUCAUCAAGUAUUACCGGAACAUCGAGAAGCGUAUAAGAUCGUAACCGAAGGAAUUAAUAUUAAAACGUGGGUAUCAACGUCAGCAUUAGAAUAUUUACAUAAAUAUCCCGAAAUGAGUUUUGCGGUAGAAGAUGAACUUCGUAAAGGAGGAGUACAAGGAAUCAUGGAUAAAUUAAUAUUAGUACAAUCAAAUAUAUUUAUUAGUGGACCAGUUGAAUGUUGUAGACAUUCGAGUACUUUUACUCGAAAAAUUAUGGAAUGGAGAAAAAGAUUAAUUAUUAAAGGUGAUAAAAGAAUUGAAAAUUUGGUGGAUAGAUGGGAUGGUAGUAAACCGAAACCAUGA